AUGCUAAUUCUAUGUCUUGCCUCAAUUCUCUGCGCACACCAUCCUGGAAGAAGACUGCCGAAAUCUAUUUUUCUUAUCGGUAGACUGACCCACGACCAAGUCUUCAUCAAGUACCUCUCGGUCAUGCCGUAG